CGGUCGCUGUCUCUUCAUAUUAGGCCGGCUUCUUCUUAUUCUGAAAUUCUUCUUAUUCUGAAAUUCCUCCCGAUUCGGGAAUGGAAUAAUAUGCGAUCCGUGCCGAAUCCUUCCAGUGAUCGUUCCUUCUCCAGAAAAUUAAGCGAGGCGCUGACCCAAUUACAGCCAUUGGUGCGGCGGCGGCAGCAGCAGAGCAAUCUCUUUGCUCGAGAUUCUUCUUUACCGGGCUCUGGGUUUUCUCUGCCGACGAUGUCUAAGAUGGGCACUGAUUAAAACUUGAUAAAGCUUGCAUCUUUCCCCGGAAAUCCACAAGGAGAGGGAAAGAGAGCCCUGGUGAACCUAGCUAAAUGGGUGUUGGAAAUAAUAAUCCUAAGGAGAUUGCCAUUAGAAGAAACAUCUCCAGCAUAUUUAAUAAGCGGGAAGAGGAUUUCCCGUCUCUGACGGAGUACAAUGAUUACUUGGAAGAAGUGGAAGACAUGAUUUUUAACUUGGUGUCAAACCCGGACACCCAAGCUACUGAAGCUAUUAAAGCAAGAAUAGAAGAAUACAAGAUAGAGAACGCGGAGCAAAUAAUGCUCAAUCAAGCACGGAAGGCUGAGGAAUAUGCUAAAGCUCUUGCAGCAUGUAAGGGGCUUCCACAGCAAACAGAUACUGAACUGAACUCUCAAGCAAUGCUCGGAAUAGAGACGACAGGGCAGUACGCGCCAAUAAUGGCUACUGGGCAGCCGCUUCCAAUGGGCCAACCAGGCUCAAUUUGGGGCGACGGGCACGAUGAUGAAGAGAUGAUGAGGCUACGAGCAGAAAGAGGGAGCAGAGCUGGCGGGUGGACUGCCGAGCUUAGCAGGAAGAGGUCGCUUGAGGAAGCCUUCACCACCAUCUGGAUUUGACUUUCCUUUUUGAAUAGCCUUUUCCUUUUCUUUCGAGUUUGGUGUUAUCUUCCACUAGGGUUACCAGCUUGUUCAUCUGUGAAAUGGAAGAAAAUUUUGAUCUGCUGACUGGUGAAUGGCAUAUGAUUAUGAAUGUUGAUAUCUCUGGAGAGAGCCAAGGCUUCUUUCCUGAAGUUACGACUUGAGUUAUCCAAGCUUAUACCUUGUCUCACUGUCAUUAUUGGUGAAUAAGCAUAGUGUGAAAAGAAUAGUCUUUGUAUGCCCAAAUGCAAAAUUUCGAGCAGUUUUGUUUCUUUAUCGCAAGAACAUAUAUUUUUUGCUACAGAUAAAAAUUAAGGAACCCACUUAUUGAAGAACGUUUU